GUGACUCCUGGAUCUAUUCGCAGCUGCUCUAUCGCUUCCAUGAUCCACUCCAGUCCGGAUUUGGCAAGGAAAGGAACAGCUGCUGUAACGUUUUAGCAAUUGCAGGAGAGAAGGAGCAUUGGUGAGACAUGCGGGGUCUAGUGGAGUCGCUCCAGCAGCAGUGGAGACUGGACAAACAGCAGCAGCAGGAGUAGAGGAUCAUGGCCGAGGACUAUUGGGAGAGCGCGGCUGCUUUGGGAUAUUAUUACUGCUGUUAAGAUUACACGAGCAACACACACUCAUUUACACAAGCUCACACGGAUCUCAACUCCACGGGGCGGUUGAACAGUGGCAGCCCCUCCACCCCCCUCAUCUCGUCCCCCCAUACCCCCACUGAUGGACCGCAUGAGGAAGAUCAAACGGCAGCUGUCCCUGACGCUGCGAGGGGGUAACAGCGGGGACAAGACCUUGAGCGAGACCAUCAGCUCUCAGGACACAGGAGCACACAGUGAUUCCGAGGCCAUGCCAGUUGGCGGCAGUGGUGGUCUGCGGGGUUCAGUGAGAGGUUCGGGGGGUUCCUUCAGCAUGCACUCCCUCCUGCAGUCCUACAGCAGCGCCCUGCGCAGACCACGCACCCUGGGACGCAGUCUCAGCUCCUAUCUCAACCACACCACGCACCUCGAAAUCGUCCAUGAGGAUGUAAAAAUGGGUUCAGAUGGAGAAAGUGAUCAGGCUUCGGCCACAUCCUCUGAUGAGGUGCACAGCCCCGUCCGAGUUCGUCUGAGAAACAACCCCGGUCGCAAAAUUUCCACAGAGGACAUAAACAAACGUCUAUCUCUGCCUGCCGAUAUCAGGCUUCCUGAUGGCUACCUGGAGAAAUUCAGCCUCAACAGCCCCCUGUUUGACAAACCACUCAGCCGGAGAUUACGCAGAGUAUCGCUGUCCGAGAUUGGAUUUGGGAAGUUGGAGACGUAUGUAAAACUGGAUAAACUAGGAGAGGGCACCUACGCUACAGUAUAUAAAGGCCGCAGUAAGUUGACGGAUAACCUGGUGGCUCUGAAGGAGAUCCGUUUGGAGCACGAGGAAGGAGCUCCGUGCACUGCCAUUAGAGAAGUGUCUCUGCUGAAGGACCUGAAACACGCCAAUAUUGUGACUCUUCAUGACAUCAUCCACACUCAGAAGUCUCUUACACUCGUGUUCGAGUACUUGGAUAAAGACCUGAAACAGUACCUAGAUGACUGUGGAAACUGCAUUCAUAUGCACAAUGUCAAGCUGUUCCUGUUUCAGCUGUUGCGAGGUCUGAACUACUGUCACAGACGUAAAGUCCUUCACCGAGACCUCAAACCUCAAAAUCUCCUGAUCAACGACCGCGGGGAGCUAAAGCUGGCUGACUUUGGUCUGGCACGAGCAAAAUCGAUUCCCACCAAGACCUACUCCAAUGAGGUGGUGACGCUUUGGUACCGCCCCCCUGACAUCCUAUUGGGCAGCACCGACUAUUCCACUCCGAUUGACAUGUGGGGUGUUGGCUGUAUCUUCUACGAGAUGUCUACAGGUCGACCCUUGUUCCCGGGCUCCACGGUGGAGGAGGAGCUGCACUUUAUCUUCAAACUGCUCGGUACGCCCACAGAGGAGACCUGGCCUGGAAUAACCUCCAAUGAGGAGUUCAUCUCCUAUAACUACCCCCGUUACCGCGCUGACUGUCUCCACAAUCACACUCCACGAUUGGACAAUGAUGGAGUUGAACUUCUGUCGAAACUGCUGCAGUUUGAGGGGAAGAAACGGAUCGCAGCAGAGGAAGCCAUGAGACACCCAUACUUCCACUGCCUGGGAGAGAGAAUUCUCACACUGCCAGACACUACAUCAAUAUUUGCACUUCAAGAAGUUCAGCUGGAGAAGGAGCCUGGAAUGAGGACGAAUACUCUGUCAGAAUCAGAGCUUUUGCAAAGAUGUCUAAGGUUCCGGCAUACCUUAGUCAACAGCAUAUCUCAACGGCAAAGUCUGCUCUUCUGAGGGCACGUGGGGCGGCUCGGGACGGGGAAGACGGAAAAGAUAAACAGGGAGGACGCGUCGAGACGUUUCCUGUCGUGAAGAUGAAGGGGAUAUCUGUUUUUCAUUUCUCCGUCUGAGUCAUUGGCUAGUCCUGUGGCAUUACGUGUUUAGAAGGGGUCAAUGUAGUUGUUUACAUGGAGAGGCUGAGGAUGUUGAUUUGUGUAUUUUGAAUAAUGCACUUCCCCUUCCUUCCCUGUUCACAUUACAAACAUGUUCUUCCUGUUUUGCUGUACCUUCUCGACACGGUUGCAUCAAUCCAGCCGCUGUACUCAACCAAUCAGACGCAGAAUGUUAUUGGAUGACCUGACUCUUCAUCCUUUGACUGAAACAAAUCAGCCUGGUUUCUUUGCAAUACUUCUCAAUUGUAAUGUAAAAGGAAGGCCAGUUUAUGAAGGAACGUGUCAUGAAUGCUGUUAAUAUCCAGAAGCCAAAUCACUCUAGUCUUCCAGAAAAUGGUCCCCUUCAUUAGUGUCAUCAGCCCUCCCAUCCAAAGACGAACAUUUAGUACUAUGCCAACACAAUGGUUAUUUGUAUUCAUCAGAGCAUUGACGACGACAUGUCAACUUUUGUUUUUGUUUGCAAAAGCAUUUGACUUUUAAGUUGAUGUUUACAUGUUUUUUUGCCACGCAAUACAGGUUGAUAAUCUAGAAAACGGUUUCACCAAAGACCCCCAUGCCAUCUCUCUAUCCCUUUUGGUUUGACUUAUGAGCUUCCAUUUCCAUCGUAAUGUUCAAGUGAACCCUCGAUUAGCUACACUGUGUCAAGGACAAAUUAUUUGUGCAAAGCAACUUAGAACGUUUGAGUUGCAUUGAGGAAAGCCUCCGAUAAUCUCGACGCAGCCUUGUUGAUAGUUCUUCCAUUACUGCAGCUCUUACGGCUGUCACUCUGGUUGAAAACUGAGCUGAUUUCUAUGUCGGUUCAGUCAGGGCGAUGAGAACUCAUAAUGGGAUGCCCGGGCGCAUGCGGAGAACCGAUCGAAUUGUAUAGGGCUCAGGUUUCUGACACUCUGCAGAACAGCUGAGUGCGGUGGAUAAUGUUCUGCAUCUCGGCUCGGUUGUUCAUACUCCGCAGGUUUUGGAGCGCAUUGGUGUCGCGUAACACACCGCAGAUUCAAAACGCUACCGUCCCUUGGCGUGUGCGAUUCAGGGCCUCUCUGCACAAUGUCUGCGAUUAUACAGUCCCACAAAUGUGAUUAUUGGGUAAAUCUCUGGAAAAAAGAACAAAAAAAGAGUCAAGGUGAUAUUUCACCCUGAAAUUACGAGAAAAAUAAUACAUUUGAUUUAUUAUAAAGUAGCCAAUUUUUUUAGGACUAUUAAUCUCUCUUUUUUUUUUUUUGCAUUGUGACAUCAUCAGCAAUUAGUCUCCAAAUUC